AUGAAACAAAGCGGAUACAAGUUGUUAACUGCUAACCAUACAUAUUGGAUAUUGAUACAAAGUAUUGGAUGUUGGACUACUUGUUUUCACUUCAGGAAGUCUUUUUUAGCUAAGAACAAUAAUUUUUCUAACCUUGUGAUGUCUACCCAACAUCACAUGUAUGUGUAUGUUUGUCUGACAAAUAUCCAAUUAUUGAUAAUGUCUACAUGUAGUAAACUGUAUUCUAUACUAAAAUCGCCUGUAACAUUAAAGAUACCAUCAGUCAACUCUCAAGUUGAUCACAUGGUUCCUGCAAAGCGCUUGUAUACUGAAGACAACUUGUGGCAGUGUUGGGAAUGUGGAAAGUCGUAUGACAGUGGACCUCAUCUUUCAGACCAUCUCAAUGUUUGUAAAAAAGAGGACGAUAUCUGUGAACAGUUACCUGGUUGUCCAUUUUGUCCUCGCAUCAUAAAUCAACCAAAUGAUACUGCGUUUCAUAUCCAUUCCUUCAAUUCGCAUUUAAAUACAUUCCAUCCAGAUGUGAAAUCUUUUAUGUGUAGCUACUGUAUGGAUGUUAUUCAUUCCUGUAAAAUUGAAGAUUUAGUGUCUCAUGUGAUUCUAACGCAUAAAAUACCUUGGAGACCAUCACCAGCUUCCCUAGCACAUAUGCGUGAAAGUCAACUUCCUCAUCGAGUUGUUACUUGUUUGGGCUGUGGUUGGUGUACAUUUGUUCUACGGGCUAAUAAUGCAGCACAACCACCUACCUCUUUAGAAACUCACUUAAGUCGGUGUACAUAUAAUGGUGGUCAAGUUCAUUUAACACGUUUAUCAGAAGAAAUGUGUAUUUCUGCACUGGAAAAGUAUAAAGCUGUUCAAGAAGCCGAACGUAUUAGUGCAAAUUUUGCUCAAUCUUUUCCGCAUGUUCGAGGAUUUAGUAAUAAUUCUGGAUUGACUAGUUCACCAUUACGUUUUCAUCGAUAUUCUAGUAGUAAUACAGCUCGUGCAGCUAAUAUUGCAUCGAACACCACUUCUGACAGUAGUAAUACAAAUUGUCUAACUAAAUAUCAGAAUAACAAAUCAUUAUUGACAAAACAAAAAUCAAAACUUGAAACUAUUUUGGAGAAACCAAAUCUUCAGAAGGAGGCAUUUUUCGAUAUUCCACUAACUAUUCCACCACCGCCUCCAUCACGUAAUAAUAAUAAUAAUAAUAAUAGUCAUAAGAAAUCAACUCCUGGUCGUUUAUUUGUAUGCCCAUUGUGUGGAGAUAAUGCUUUGUCUAGUCUUCGAGAAAGAGAUGAACAUCUACAAUCUUCUCAUAAUGGUGAACUAGUUUUUCCUUGCCAGAUCUGUGGAAUGGCAUAUCCUCUUUAUAUUGCAUUACGUCGACAUGCUGCAUUUCAACAUGAUUCUGAUUUUGAUACAGUUAGAUAUGGUCCAUCUGAUUUAUUAGAUUGUGAACCAAUUGAAUGUCCAGAAUGUCAACUUGUUACUUUUCAAGAUUCACUUGUACUUACACUUCAUAUAAAUUUAGUUCAUAAAAAACUACAACAAAAUACAACAUUGAAUUCUACGAGUAAUUCACAGACAUUAACAACUACAGAUUUAAAGGUGAAACCAAAAUCUAAAAUUAACAAGACGAAAAUUGAUUCAAUUCAAAAAAAGACUGGUAAUAUACGUCGUCGAGAUACUACUUCUAAUCGUUCACGUGUUCAAUCAAAAAAUUCCAAGACAAAAUUGAAACUUUCUAUGAUUGGUGAACUUGAAAUUCAUAAUGAUCCUGGGAUACAUUCAAACAGUAUACAAACUAUUAGUGAAUUUGAGCGUACAAUAAGCAGUAUUAGUGGUGCUCCAGCUUCAGCAUGCUGUCGAUACUGUCGUAUGGAAGUUGAUAAUGCUAAAGAACUACGAUUACAUUUAGAACUAGAACAUUUGAAUCCGGACAUAGAUAUUGAACAACUUGGUUGUGGUCGAAUUGACUUAAUUGGACAUUUACGUACACUUCAUCAAGAUGAUUAUCUUCAAAAUAUUCUAAAAUGUCCUCUUGUCGAUAAGUUAGGGCAAGAUAAUAAUAAUAAUAAUAAUAAUAAUAAUAAUAAUAAUAAUAAUAAUAAUAAUAAUAAUAAUAAUAAUAAUGAAGAGACUGUUAGUCAUUAUUCUACAAAAUUGUGUAAAGCUCACUUCUCAUCACCUCGUCUACGUCAACUGCAUGUAUCUGUUACAACUAAUCCUAAUUUAUCAAAUCAUGGAUUCAAUUGUCCUAUUCUCUUCGAUGAUAAAGAAUCAUCUUGUGAUCAAAUGAAAAAGUUAAUUCUUCAUACUGAAAUUGUAGCUGAUCGAAGUGGUUUAAUGAUUUUAGCAUUUUGUUGCCCUAAUUGUUCACGUUUAUUUGUUGGAGAUGAUGUUCAUACUAGAUUUGAAUCUCAUCGUAGUUUAUGCGAAGCAAUUGAUAAUACAGAAGAGUUAAUACAUCAUAUUGAAUCAGAUCCUGGUGUGUCUAGCGCAGACAGUACUACUGAAGCUUCAGAGGUACGUUGUCCAAAUGUUGAAUCAUCUUUAGAAUUUUCUGAUACUGUUAAAACAUCCAAUGAAUGUCCUUGCGAAAGUUAA